CUUGCCCUGAUCUACCCACCCACUCAAAUUUACUCGCUAUCGACGUUCCUCGUGACGACCCAAAGCAUAGGUGUCUGGAGAAUGUAUGAACAGAGUGGUACUCAUCUCGUGCUUGCAUGGCCUCAGCUGGAGCACGUCCUCUCUUCCCAAUAACUCCGAAUCCAAGCCCGCCCAUCAAGCUCGAGGACGCGCCAUGUGCAGUUUGUCGUCGGCCGCGCUGCCAACUGAAGUCUCACAAAGCUUAUCUGCUAGCCCGACGUCCACGAGCGUCUACGAGUACGAGUAGUAGUUCGACGAGCAAUCCUACCACGAGUAGUAGACCACCGCAGCUGGCCUCCACCGACCAAGCAAACCAUCUCCGCGAUUUUGAUCGACCAAAAGUCCUCGAUCUCACCUAUGCCAAAUCCUAUGCUUUCACGCGAGCGUUGCCGUCCACCGUCCCUCACUGUAUCAGCUCAGGUCGACUGGAUGGCUUCCACGAACUUCCCAUCCCUGGCGGUGAGCAGCCAGAACUGCAUCAAGCAGUCUACAGUUUGCUCAAUUUCAAAAUCGGCGCCGCAACAGCAUUUCCCCUGCCCGCCGGCCUAGCCGUCAACGACAUCGGCGGUAGUAUGAUUGUCCCCGUCAUGACAAACACCACACUAUGCCUGAGCGUCAUCGCCGCCUGGAAAGCCGUGCAAGUCUUGACAUGCCAAACUUCCAACUACUCUUACCUCUCAUACGAGGCGCAAGCGCUGCAAUCCCUUCGCAAACAACUCCACGUGCGCGGCCACGAAGCGCUCACCGAUGAAGCCAUCAUGGCUGCCUCUCUCCUCUGGGCAACCGCGACCAUGUUUGCCCAGCCCGAAGCGCUACGACGACAUGCAGCUGGCGUCCGCUCACUCGUGACUGCCCGCGGUGGUCUGGACAAGGUUGGCGGCGGCGGUGCGAUCCAGCAAUUGGUUCUGUGGGCGGACUUCCUGACUGCACAAUUCCUGGGCGAAGACAUCCAAUUCAAGAACAUCGACUCCGCAGUACCUCUACCGGCGUCGCUGCGCAAGAUCUACGAUUCCAUUGUCAUUCCUGAACCAUUCUUCGAUCGCUUACUCCCAGAAACUCUGGAAGCUGCCAAAGAUCUACGGUUGCUGUUGAUUUGCCACGACAAAGCCUCGCGCACCGGAAACAUCACCAUCGCCGAGUACAAGGCUUUGAUGAGCCUGCUAAACCGAAGCACGAUACGCAGGAUCAGCAUGGAGUAUAAGCUCAAGGACUCCAAAACCAUCGACGAGUGCGUUGUACUGGCCAUGAACCUCAUGCGGCUUACAUCGUUGUUUCACGCCGGGCCACUGUACAUCAUUGUCAUCAAGGUCAUCGAGCGCUUACGGGUAGCACUCGUCCGCGCUGGUCUCCACCAGUGGCCUGAAUGUCUCAACAUCUACAUUUGGGCCUGCAUGGUGGGACUGGUCCAUGAAUUUCCCACAACAGAGAGGAGUCACUUCGCGGACAUGUUAGCUGGUGCAUUGAAAUUCAAGUACAAAACAGCAUGGCCUGAGACCUGGGAGGCGGACUGUCUGACAAUGGUGCGCUCUUUCCUGUGGUCGGAAGCCAGACUGACCGACCUAUACGGGGAUGCCUCUGAAAUGCUCAAUUCGCGGCUCGGGCCCAGUCCAGCCGCUGAGAAAGUGUGAUUUACCGGUGGACUACCGGUAUCGUUUGAGGUAGCUCAGCUGAAGAUGCCAGCUCGAGGACAACAGCUCUGGUGUUGACUUGUACGCUACAUACCUCAUUCCGGGGUCUGAUAAGAUAGAAGAAGGGAGACAUAUCCAGGACAGAUGUGAAGUAAGGAUGAAAGCACCGGCGUGGAAUGAUUGUGCCUCGCUUACUUCAGCUGUGCUAAUGCGGCUUCCUUGCAACACACCUCAACCUGACAAAUCCAAGCCACUGACUGCCAUCUUCUCUGGUGACCACAUCACGUAGUACGUCACAUACCUCUUUCACCACAGAAUCUCUCUUGGGCUCGGGAACCCUGUCCAACAUGCCGGCACAUAUCAGUCUUAGCCAACCAUCCAAGCCGCCACCUGGGCCUUGUUCCAGCUUCGUAGGACGAUACUCCACCUCAAGUUUCUCAAUAUGAAAGCCAAUCUGCGUCAACACAGUUUCCAUCCAUGUCUGUGAGGGAAAGAACCACGGGCUAGCAUCUCGAGCCUCUUCUAUGGAGGCGCCGGAAUGCUUCAAAGCGCUCGUCAUCGCAGCUGCUGCUUCAGCGACAUUGCCAGCACCACCCAUCUCGAAGACAAAUGUUCCUCCGGGCCGCAAGGAUUUGAAGCACGCUUCCAAAGUAUGCAUGCGCGUAUUUGGAUCACGCAGGAUAUACUGGAGCGCCGCAUUCGACACCCUAAACGACCAGUGAGAAUGAAGGUACAUCUAGGAGAGACUGGUCCACUUACACCUUAUCCCACCCUCCUUUCAUUACGUGAGGAUCCUGCUCAAGACGCCUGCAGUCCACGACUUUGAACAUUGCUUUUGAGGAACCAAAAUCAUUCUGCGCGGCCUCGAUAAAUGAGGAGGACGCAUCGAUGCCAUAAACGUAAGCGACUCUGUUCAGGAGAUUGGCUGUGAAUUUGCCAUCACCAC